CCGGAUUGGUGGCAAGACAACCCAGGGCGCUCUGGAACUAGCCGCGGAGACAGGGGCCGUGCUGCACCAAGCCGUGGCAGAACCGGACGCGGAGGUACAGGACGGGGAGCAGGUCGUGGUGGUGCGCAAGCCAUGCACGUUGGAGGACAUCACCCGGAGAAUUACCCGCAGCAAGGAGGAAAAGAGAUUACUGCUCUGCAUAAACCCAGCUUCACUGAUGAACAAUGGGAGAUGUUUAUCAAGUUGAUGGAGAACUGCAAGGCAUCAAGUUCGGAAGAAAAGCUCUCAGGACCUACUUACGAGGAUGCCGAUUGGAGUGGGUGAACGGCGAGGUGGAGUUUAUUAUUUCCGGGGUCUGGAGCAAGCACAAGCACUUGCAGUGGGAGGUUCAGAUUCAGGAACUUUGUGGCAUUCAAGGUUGGGACAUCCAUCGAUACAAGUUUUGCGUUCACUUGGUUACUUGAAUAAAGCUUUGUUGCAUUCUGUUCAAAAUAAAACGUGUGAUGCUUGUAUGAGAGGCAAACAGACACGCGAUAGUUUUGUUAUUAGUAAUUCUAGAGCUGUUGAACCAUUUGAAUUGAUACAUUGUGAUAUUUGG